CCCGAUUCUUCCACCAAUUCUGAUGAUUCCAACGAUGAUGAUUCAAAUGAUAAUUCGAACGAUGAUUCAAAUGAUGAUUCCAACGAUGAAAAACGCAAAGGACAUUCCAGAGGUCAUCAUGGAAGGAAAGGUCGAUAUGGUGAUGAAUCUGCACAGACUUGGUCCAGCUCACCAAAACAGACUUGGGAAUCAUCCAAUGAAUCUACACAAACAUGGGAAUCAUCCAAUGAAUCCACACAAACAUGGUCGAGUAGUUUUUCUAGCCCAACAGAUGCCAACUCUAGCAUACCACCAACCGUCGCGUCGCUUCCUCAAGCUCCAUCGGUAACCAAUGAAACUAUUGCUCCUUCUACCGAGACAAGUGCUGGAAAGAGUCCAAUGGAGAACAUUCCAUCAGGCGUACUUAUUCCUAGUAAUCAAAUUGGUGGAUCCUCCAACAAUUCUGCACCUAUUCUAUCAUCAGCCAGCUCAUUCAGUCGCUUUGCCGCGCUCACUAUUGCAGCAAUAAGCACUGGAUUGACGUAUACGCUGAUUCUGUAA